AUGCAAGACAGAAUCACAAAGAUGCACUCCAAGACCAUGGUCGCCUCUCAUCCCAAAGCAACCAACUCGCCCUCAAAACAACAACAGCACAAGAGCAGCAGAGACCAACAUAACCCUCUUCUCUGCCUCGCAAGCGGUUCCAGCGACGAGGAGAAUGUAUCGGACACCAAAUCCACAAGAGCCUUCACUGUUGCCACCAAUGCUACUGCCGCCCCAGGGAGCAAUAUUGAUCGACGCAGUUCAGGCCACAAGUCAGCAGGAGGAGCAGCAGCGAACACGAACACCAACACCAGGCGAAGACCUUUGUCCGUAACUGAUCAACAAUCUCCUUCUGCGGCACCAAAACGUACUACACAAGCAGCACCAUCCAUGCCAAAACAACACAAACAAGCUCAGCAACAACAAUCGUCUAUUCGUGUCACCACAGCGGUGACACGGUCCGCCGUCUCCACUCCCGCAACAACAAGAGCUGCCAGCCCAAGGUCCACCUCGUCCUCCCCCAUUUUUUCCUCGUCCUCCUCUUCCACAUCAGGAUCUGUUGGCAGUGAACAGGAUAUUACUAGUCCAACAAUAACAUCGACAUCAACAAACUGGAAACGCCCACGGACACAGGGCAAGCGUCUGUCAAACUCGCACACAACCACAAUAAGAUCUGGCUCUCGUCGGUCAGCUGCUUCCAAAGCAACAGCAGCGUCUCCGAUCAGUUCGAAUCUAGAGGAGAGUGAUACGCUGUCAGGUGCCGAAAGCGAUAGCCAUACCCUCUCGGACUCGAGGGUGCCAGAGAUUUCAUUUGUCGACAUGUCGAACGACGAGGGCAGUGGGACCGAAUACGAUGCGGCGUCGGAGAGGGGGUUUGAUGAGGAUCGUGAUUACUCGCGUGGUGAAGUCUUGGCAACAGGCAACAACCACAACAACAAGCAUAGCACAGCAGCGACAAUGCGGCCGGCAGUCACACAUCUGGACACCUUUGACUCCACGCGGGGUCGAUACCUGCACCAAUACCAUCCUCACCAUCCUCUCGCCAAAGCAGCAGCCAGCGGUAGUUCGGGCAUCAAUGGCGGUCGGCAUACACACACCAGGAACUUUUCGUCGCCGUCAUUACUGGACUCGUUUAUGUCGCCCGAACCGAUGCUGUCGCCGAUCCAGUCUUACUUUUCUGAUCCCAAUUCCCCCGUCUCGUCCUACUCGUUACCGCGGCACGACCAUUACCCGCGAUUGUCGAUGGAUCCGCACAGCACAGAGGACCCUACUGGAGCGUCGAUCUCGUUGAUGGAUGGAUACCAUGGGUUUGCGACACACCUCUGGAGCGAGCAGAGCACCACACCUUCGCGAGCAUUGUCGCAUCGGUGGACACGGCGGUCGAGUCAUCCAGAGACAUAUUCGCAGGCUGAUGCUGCGGCCGAGGCGGCUAAUGGUGGCGGUGCUGUGACGGAUGGUGACAAGAACGCAUCUGCAGCGGCUGCUGCUGUCAGCAUGGGCAUGUGCCAAGUCCGCUAA